AUGAUCGGCAGAGAGUUGCAAGCCGCUCAUGCGCCCCGGCGCCCCGGUAAAUUGUUGGGAUCAAUCGGAGGUGUAACCUUUACACGUGCCCCCGUGAUGCGCUGUAACCUUCACACGUGUGCAUCUACUGUACCCUUGGUACUGUACCCUUGGUACAGUACAGUAUUUACAAGGACACCUCACAUUGCGCUUGGUUUCCCCGAAGCCGCCAGUGUUCAUCCCCUUCGAUGCCGUGCGGUUUCCGUAUCUGCGCACAUCACCUUAUCUUCCCGUCUCCCCCCGUCUUUCGCCGAUCCAAGGAUGGAACCAGAAUUCUUAUCCUUGCCCGUCAAGCGCCGCAAGAAGAACUCGCCCGUCCUGAAGGAAUUUCCGUCGGGCCCAAAGCUAUGGUUCGACGUCCUUCCGCAAGAAAUUCUGACCCGCGUCGUCGCCUUGCUUACAUUGCACAGCGGCGGCAUUCCCCCCCUUCAGCUCGCCGAACUCUCCCCUUUCUUUGCCCGCGCCGUGACCGGGCUGCGCCAAUCCCGCUACCAGAGCUUCGAACAUCAAGACAACGACAGCUGGGCUGUCGCUUUUGCUGACUCGGAUACCACGAAACACCUCGUUCUUUGUCUACAGGACUGGCCCUACCUUUCUCGUGCCGUCCGCAUCAGCGCGAUUCGCAUUCUCUCCAGUCCGCUCUUGCAAACUGCCGUCAUCCCGGAUAUGUUCACCUUGAUUAAGCACGCCCUCCAGUCCCGAACGCUGCGCGAGCUCGAAGUCCAAUUCCACAUGAAAAACUAUCCGAAGAACGAUGGACUCCCCGCGUUCUUGCGCAUCGGUUCUAUGUCGUUGCGCAAGCUCGACAUUGUAUGCAACCAAGGGCUCCAGCACUAUAACAAGUGUCGCGAAUGCAUCUUCCAACGAAUGCAACGCCUGCAAGACGAGGCGGGGCUCACGCUUGCCCGCUCCUGCCCACACCUCAUCGAGUUUGGCUCGCUCCGCAAAUGUUCGUCCCGUUGUAGUGGAGGAAGCAAGUUCAGCCCUUUUUGGAGGAUCUGGGAAACGCUGCCGAAUAUUCGCACGGCCACUCUCCAAGGAUACUAUUUCCGCAGUUGCGGCAUCGAGCCUCGCGUGCUUGAUCGUUUGAAAGCUCUGGAGUCGGUUCGGAUUAAGGAUAUGUUAGAGCAUGCUGCGCUUCUCGGUCCCGUCGUCACGAGCAUAUCAGAUCGAUUCCAACGCAGUGGCGACGAUUCCAGUAUACGCGCGCUUUCAAAAUGCGUCGGAUUAUCUGACUUGCGGCUAAGCUUAAGGCCUGACGACCGCGACCUUCGUGCGCUCAAUCAUGCAGUGCACUUCAUGCCGGUACUAAAGUACAUGAGUCUCAGAUGGGUUUGUGACCUGCAAGGAACGAAUUUCUUAAAGUGCAGAUAUAUCAAGACAGUUCAAAAUGGGAACAUCAGCAAAUAUGUGGCCGUCUUCCCAGAGUUCCAUGAGGAAACGGUUGAGUCAGUCAUGCAGCUUGUGCGACAGACGCCAGCAUUGGAAAGUUUGGAGCUUUUAGAUGUGCGCAUUCCGACAGAAGGGGUUGUCGAUGUCUUGAGGCAUCUUGGAAAUCGGUUGAAGCAUUUCGGAGUCUCUUUGAGCGGACAGGCCGACUCGAGUUUCGAGCGCCUCCAAAUCCUGAUUGCGACGAUUUGUAAAUAUAACUGUAGGUUGGAGUCGGUCUCAUCGGGGCUACGGGGUACGGCAGCAAAUGCGUUUUCCCCGCAAAACGUCAAAGGGGUGCAUCUUUCGGAAGCCAAUGUGGGCCUUCUCGAGGAACGGAAAGGAAAGCUGGAUGAAAUGUUGCGGUCCGUGAGCCGGUGGGUCCCGUUUUUGAACCCGAGCAGUCUCAAAAGCUGGUUAGAUGAUGUGUUAUGGAUUGAGGUCAAAUAGUCUGCCGUAUGGUAGAAGUACAGCUAUGUAGACAGCUCGUCCUCUUUCCUAUCAGUGCGCUGCAGCAUUUGGCGAAAGGCAGCAGUUGAUGGUUGGUCCGAACGGUAAAGGCAGGGCGGAACAAAA